AUGUCCUCCGAAGAAACAUACCCUGAAAUCAUGUCGAGCAUUGCUUUAGUCACCGGAGCGACCGGUCUUCUGGGCCGACAAGUACUGAAUACCUUCAAGCAUUCGGGAUGCUUGGCUGUCGGCCAGGGUUACUCCAGAGCUAACCCCCCAACCAUCCUCAAGGCUGAUCUCGGAAAGCCGGAGGAGAUCAGGGCUCUGCUGGAUGAUGCGAAAGAGUCGUUUUGUUUCUUGCUUGCCGUGCUCUUCCGUGCUAAUCAUGUACCCUCCAGGCCUCAGAUUGUCAUCCACUGUGCUGCGGACCGCUCUCCCGAUUCGUGCGAAAAGAACCCCGAGCUCGCCCGCCGCAUUAACGUCGACGCCACUCGUGUCCUCGCCGAAGAAACGUCGGCCCGGGGAGCUUUCCUGCUGUACAUCUCGACGGACUACGUUUUCCCGGGAACCGAAGGAGAUGCACCCUACGAAGCUGACGCGGAAACGAAGCCGCCGAACCUCUACGGGCAGCUGAAGCGGGAUGGGGAGAUCGCCGUCCUGGAAGCGACCAAAGAGACGGGGCUGGGCGUCGUUCUGCGCGUGCCGGUGUUGUACGGCGCCGCCAAGGAUAACUCCGAGAGUGCGGUGAACACGCUGAUCGACACGAUCGAGAAGGCCCAGGAUGAAAACGCGGGCAUCAAGAUGGACGACUGGGCGCAGCGCUACCCCACCAACACGGAGGAUGUCGCCCGAAUCUGCCGCGACAUCGUGAUCAAAUACCUCAAGGCCGUCAAGGAGAAACGGACGACCAAGCAUCUGCCCAAGAUCCUCCAGUUCUCGUCUGAAGAUCGCAUGACCAAGUAUGAGAUCUGCGAAAAACUGGCUGAGGUGCUGGGUUUGUCGCUCGUCGGGAUGGUCCGAAACAAAGAAGGCAACGAUCCGAAUGCGUCCGUGCAACGGCCGUACGAUACCCACCUCUCGACCAAGGGGCUCCAAGACAUGGGGAUUGAUGUACGGACAGUGAAUUUCGUGACAUGGUGGUAA